AUGAGAAUCCCAAGGAGGAAACACCACUCCCGAGAGAAACUCCGACUCGCCGCAAUACUUCGCGUGAAUAGCAGCGACGACGAAGACGAAGAAAGUGCGCGCUCGUAUGAGCCGAUCGAUCUGCUUCAGGACGCGGGCAUCAACGCGAUUGACAUCGUGAGGCUCAAGAACAAUGGGUUCGCCACCGUUGGGCAGCUCUUCCAGGUGUCUCAGCGGAAGUUCUUGGGCAUGAAGGGGAUCGAUGAAGCCAAACUCGACAAGUUUCUCCAAGCAGGCAAAAAGCUCAUGCCCGAGAAGAGCGGCUUUGUCUCGGCCAAUACACUCUAUCUGCAAAGCCAGAGCAAGAUGUUUAUCACGACUGGAUCUGAGCAGUUUGAUCGGAUUCUUGGAGGUGGCUUGGAAACGAUGUCUGUCACGGAGGUGCAUGGCGAAUUUCGAACUGGGAAAACGCAGUUGUGCCAUACGCUUUGCGUGACGGCACAAUUGCCUCGUUCACAAGGUGGAGGAGCUGGAAAAGUCGCAUUCAUCGACACGGAAGGGACCUUCCGGCCGAACCGUGUCGCCGAGAUCGCAAAGGAACGAUACAACCUGGAUCCUCAAGAGACUCUCGACAACAUCGUUGUAGCAAGAGCUCACAGCCAUGACGCUCAGAUGGAUUUCGUCACCGAGCUCGGCGUCUAUUUCGCAGAUCCUGACCAAGGUCCGUUCCGCGUGUUGAUCAUCGACUCGGUGACGGCAUUGUUCCGAACGGAUUUUUCCGGAAGCGGAGAGCUGAGCGAGAGACAACAGCGACUUAACCAGCACCUCGUUCGGCUCGUAAAGCACGCCGAGGAAUUUAAUAUUGCGGUUCUAGUGGUCAACCAAGUUAUGGCUGAUCCUGGAGCUAACUCGAUGUUUGGUUCCGCGAUGAAGCCUGCCGGUGGUCAUGUGAUGUCUCACGGAGUCCACACGCGCGUAUUGAUGAAGAAGGGGAGAGGCGAAAAUCGCACAUGCAAGAUUAUCGAUAGUCCGUGCAUGCCUGAGGCAGAAUGCUCGAUCAAGCUGUGCACAGGCGGAAUAUCGGACUCAGACGACUAA